AUCCCACUCAUUUGGAACCACAAAUAAGUUGGUCUGCUCAGUCUCAGUGUGUACACUUUUGAUUUAAGUGUUUCUCGUGAAGCCUUCUCACUCCCUCCCUAUCCCCCCAUCAUGGCUCUCACUGCUGACGUUGCAAAACACAGAUACAAUAAGGAUCUGUUCAAUGCUUUGACGAGAGGGGAGGAAGAUAAAGUGAUCCAACUUUGCCGAGAAAAUCCAGAGGGUCCAUUGCACGUCCUAUCCUUACACAAAGACACCGUCCUUCAUGUGGCCACCUACUCCAAACGAAAAGAUUUAGUACUCAAUUUACUCCAAGAGUUACCCGAAGGACAAUUUGCUAAACUGACGCAUCAGAAUGACGCUGGAAACACCGUACUCCACGAGGCGGUCACUUCUGACAGAACAGUCAAAGUUGCGACGGAAUUGUUGCUCAAAGCACCAGAACUGCUAAGUAUGCACAACCAGAAUGGAGAGACGGCUCUAUUUUGUGCUGCCCGUUAUGGCAAAAGCAAGAUGUAUGAGUAUCUUGAUGAUGAAAUGAACAAAAGCAUCAAAGAUCCAGCAGAAUUGAAGGCCUUCCAUUAUAGGGAUGACAAAACCACUAUACUUCAUUUGUCCAUACUCAACGAGUACUUUAGUUUAGCCCUUUUAAUAGCAAGCAAGUAUGAGUACUUGCUUAAUGAAAAAGACGAUGAUGGAAUGACUGCUCUUCAACUUCUUGCAUGCAAUCCAGCAGCAUUCGAAGACAGGAGGAGUACACCAGUAUCUCUCAAGCGGUUCUUUUACUCUUGUAUGACUCUUACCUUUCCGGUUUACACUUCAUGUCAGAAAAAAAUUAAUAAGAGGUAGCUAAAUGCAAAGAACUAAAUUUCGUUUUCGAAACACUCGAAACGCCUAAAACAUUUUCAUUUUCAUAAAAAUCGAAACGAAUUAUUGAUUGAAUAUCAGAAUUCUUAUGUUUUGAAAUGUUUCAAGGUAUUUCGAUAGAUUUCGAAAUGUUUUAACAUGUUUUGACCUAUGUUUCGAAAUUGACUAAUGUUUCAAAAAUAAAUUUUCAAACUUUCUUUAUUUCCUUCUUGUUUCUGAAAUAUUAUCGAAACAUUUCAAUUUUCAAGCUCACCAAAACUGUAAACCGAAACAAAAUUUUGAUUCAUUCUUACAUGUUUUCAACAGUUUCCUUGACUAAGUAGGCUAAGAUUGGAGGUAAUAAUCUUAACGCAUUACUCAUUAAUCCGUCUAACCCGCUCAUAAAUAAAUGGGUUAGGUACCUAUAUUUAACUAAAUUAAAAUUUGGACUGAGUCCUCCUGGAUAGACUUAUAAUGACUUGAGUCCGCCACUGAAAUUUAUUUGGUGAUAAAUCCGUUUUUUAUUUUACUAAUAAGUACUUAAGUCUAUUUUUUUGUAAAUCUCAAAAAUACCCUUAAUAGUGUUAUUCUGUUCAAUUAUAAAAAUCUUAAAGAUCUUGAAAAUAGUUUUAAAUUAAUUUCUUAAAUUAGAAAUUAUUAUCCCUUAAUUCACUCCUAAAUUGAAAUUCAAAUUUAUACUCUCUCUCUCUCUCUCUCUCUCUCUCUCUCCCCUUCCUUAGAAGAAGAUCAUCUCAUUCAAUAACAAAUGCAAACAUUCACAAUAUCAAUUGCAAAACCAUUUAUUUUGUUCUUCACAGUAACAUCAAAUUUUUAUGUACAGUAACACAACGACUUUAACAAAACUCAAGACGAUAUAUAUGUUGCACAGUAACAUUAACGAAAUAUUUUUUUUACACAGUAACAUCAAUGUAAUAUUUUUUCUUUCACAGUAACAAUAAUUUUCUCUUACUUUUCACAAAAUAAGGUCCUCAAAUUGAAAAAUUACAUUAUUUAGGGCAGUAACACAUGAUUUUCAGUUGAAUUAGAACACUAAUCACCACUUGUGAAUGUCAAGACAUCGAAUAUGUAAAAAUGAUUUUCCUUUUCCCUCACAGUAACAUUAACUUUUUCCCACAAUCAAGUAUUUUUGGAUUGUAUUGCACAACAAAAGAUCCAAAAAAUUGAAACUUAUAUCAUUUAAUUUAGUAAUAAUGAAUCGCAUUUUGAAAUUAGGAAUGCAAAAAACGAAAAAAAAUUUGAAAACUUGGAGGCUUCUUCCUCUGGUUAUGGGUUUGAAUGUUACUAUUAUAUUUUCAAUUUUGUUCAAUGUUUCAUAUUGCUAUUUUUUUUUU